GUCGCUCGUGCAGUGACGUGUAGAACGUGUUCGCCAUAAUGAUAAUAAACGGUGAACACAAAUCUACAUUAAAGCAAAUUAAGGGCUGGCUGUGAAGCGGUGAUCGAUGCGUUGACAUUCACUGAGCAGCAAUUAAAUUGGGACUCAUCGGUGGAUACAAGCCCCGGUGAUUCUGCCAGAACCAAGCAACAACUCAACGGAACAACGAGGCUGUGCUAUGGCAUCGGCUUCUGCAAGCGUGGACUCGAAGGCAGAGCUGACUGCUCUGCUUGAACAGUGGGAGAGGGAUCAACAAGGCAGCACACAGGAGCUGGUUAACCUGCUCACCAAAAUCUCAGAGCUUGUUGAGAAGGAGACAGAGGAGUACCACAAAGCGGACCCCGACCCUUUUGAUGAUCGACAUCCUGGGAGAGCUGAUCCAGAAUGCGUGCUCGGGCACCUCCUCAAGAUCCUGUUCAAAAACGAUGACUUCAUGAACACGCUGGUGAACAGUUAUGUGAUGACCAGCAGAGAAUUUUCCCUGAAUGCUGCUGCUUGCCGCCUGCUUCAGAACAUCAUGCCUGGUCUGGAGACAGCUGUGGUUUUUCAAGAAAAGGAGGGCAUAGUUGAAAGACUGUUCAAGUGGGCUCAGGAGGCCGAGCAGCCCCUCAGAAUCUAUGCCACGGGCUUGCUGGCGGGCGCCAUGGAGAACCAGGACAUUGCAGCCAACUACAGAGAGGAGAAUUCUGUCUUGGUGCCUUUGAUGCUGCAUCGGUUGCGUGAGCUUCAGGACAAGGAUGCUGAAAACAAAAGGGAAAUCAAACGGCCGAGCCCCCGGAAGACUCUAGGUGAACCUCUGCUACCUUUGGAUGAGGAGACUGUCGAUGGAGGCUUUGAAGAGAAGCCCUUUACACCAAGUAGAAACGGAGCUGAAAAGGAGGGGGCGGGGCCAGAGGAGGACAGCGGAAUUCCCUUCUCAACCAUCGAGCCCGAAAACGAACUUUCGUUCCGUCUCAACUCCCCUCAUAAGACCAGCAGCCGUGCCAACUCAGCUGUGAAAACCAUGAUGAAGCCCAUGUCUGCCCCCGGGUCAUUGACAUACCAAGGCAUGUCCGAUGGCAGCAGUUACCUGAGAAGGAGAGCAGAGAGGGAGAGCGGCAGGACCUCAAAGCAGAAGCUAAAUUUCUCUUUGCCAGACCCAGAGAGGAACUUCAGCGAGCUUUCCAACAGCAGCUGGUCUGAGAUGAGCCCUUGGGUGAUUGGCAACAACUAUCACUUAUACCCUCUGACCCCAGAGAUCGAGCAGAGGCUCAUCCUGCAGUAUCUCACUCCUCUGGGGGAGUAUCAAGAGCUUCUGGCAGUGUUCAUGCAGAUGGGAGCUCGUGAGCUGCUCAUGCAUUAUAUGGAUUUAAAGCAGACCAACGAUGUGCAGCUCACCUUUGAGGCUCUCAAGUAUCUGGCUUCGCUGCUGUUGCACAAGAAAUUUGCUGCAGAGUUUGUUGCUCAUGGAGGAGUUCAGAAGUUGCUGGAGAUCCCCAGGCCCUCCAUGGCUGCUACUGGAGUGUCACUGUGCCUCUACUACCUUGCCUAUAACCAGGACGCAAUGGAAAGGGUGUGCAUGUUGCCCCACUCCAUCCUGUCAGAUGUGGUUGGCUACACGCUGUGGCUGCUGGAAUGCUCACACGCAUCCGGCUGCUGCCACGCUACCAUGUUCUUCUCCAUCUCCUUUUCUUUCCGCGCCGUCCUGGAGCUUUUCGACAAGCAGGACGGGCUCCGGCGCCUCGUCAAUCUGAUAAGCACGCUGGAAAUCCUGAACCCCGAGGACCAGGGAGCUCUGCUGAGUGAUGAUGAGAUUUUCUCCAGCAGGCAGACGGCCAAGCACACCUGCAUGGCUCUGCGCAGGUACUUUGAGGCCCAUCUGGCGAUCAAGGUGGAGCAGGUGAAGCAGUCCCUGCAGCGCACAGAGGGCGGUGCCCCCAUACACUCGCAGCCAUACUACAAGGCUGUGAGCUAUAGCCGCGAGCAGGUAGUGGAAAUGAUGGAGUUCCUGAUAGAGUACGGUCCUCUCCGACUAUACUGGGAGCCAGCGGAGGUUUUUCACAAGCUGUCUUGUGUUCAGCUCCUCCUGCAGCUCAUUUCCAUUGCCUGUGACUGGAGAACCUACUAUGGAAGGAGUGAUACCGUGCGUUAUGCCCUUGACAUCCUGAGUAUCCUCACAGUCGUUCCAAAGACCCAGCUGCUGUUGUCUGAGGCUGUUGCUGUGCUUGAUGAAGGAGGAUCCACUGUUUCAACCGUCGGGAUGAGUAUAGUCUUGGCAGUGGCAGAGGGAGAGGUAUUUGUGAAUGAUGCAGAGAUCCAGAAGUCGGCUCUGCAAGUUGUCAUCAACUGCGUCUGUGCUCCAGACAAGCGCAUUUCCAGCAUUGGCAAGUUCAUAGCGGGAACUCCCCGUCGUCGCCUGCCACAGCAGACCAAAGCCAGCGAGAGUGUGCUCACUAAGAUGUGGAAUGUGGUGCAGUCCAACAAUGGCAUCAAGGUGCUGCUGUCCCUGCUGAUGGUGAAGAUGCCCAUUACUGAUGCAGAUCAGAUCCGAGCCCUGGCCUGCAAAGCUCUCGUGGGCCUGUCUCGCUCCAGCUCCGUCAGACAGAUCAUCAGCAAGCUGCCUCUGUUCAGCAGCGGACACAUCCAGCAGCUCAUGAAGGAGCCUGUGCUCCAGGACAAACGCAGCGAGCACGUCAAGUUCUGUAAGUUUGCGGCGGAGCUGAUAGAAAGGAUUUCUGGGAAGCCGCUGCUCAUCGGUACGGACGUGUCUCUGGCCUGGCUGCAGAGGGCCAGCGUGGUCGCUCAGUCCAGGAUCACCUUCCCCGACAAAGAGCUGCUGCUGCUUAUUAGGAACCACCUUGUGGCCAAAGGCCUUCAUGACACGGCCACCACGCUCACCAAGGAGGCAGACCUCCCGAUGUCAUGUCUGUCUCAUUCCUCGCAUUCGACGUCUGCUUUCCCCCCCGUCGCUCCGCCCCCCCCUGCCUCCCCUGUCGCCACUCUGCCCCGCACGCCGCGCCUUGCCAACGGUGUCGUGUCAAGACUCGCAAGCCACGCGUCGCACUCAUCCACCCCAGGGUCCAACCACCCACAGACACGUCCCUCUACGUCACAACCCACCGGUUCUUCUUCUUCUUCUUCUGCUGCGUUCCCCUCAACGUCUGUCCCUCACUGCAACAACGGCUCCCCCCUCAUCGGGCGAAUCGUUUUCUCUCGCGAGCGGCAGGCGCUGGGCGGCGCGGGGUCCUGCAAGAAGCCCCGGGUGCUGCGUCAGAAGUCUGACCACGGGGCUUUCAGCCAAAGUCCGGCCAUGAAGAAGCAGUUUGACAGGCACCUGCCCUCCCCCCCUGCAUUAGACAGCAUUAUCACAGAGUACUUGAGGGAACAGCACGCGCGCUGCAAAAACCCCGUCGCAACCUGUCCUCCUUUCUCUCUGUUCACCCCCCAUCAAUGCCCCGAGCCCAAACAGAGACGCCAAGCGCCCGUCAACUUCACGUCCAGACACACGAGGAGGGUCAUCUACCCGAAAUACGGAGGCGUGGACGGAGGAUGCUUUGACAGACAUCUCAUCUUCAGCAGGUUCCGUCCCAUCUCGGUGUUCAGGGAGGCAGACGAGGACGAGAGCGGAUUCAUGUGUUGUGCCUUCUCAGCCCGCGAGCGGUUCUUGAUGCUCGGGACGUGCACGGGGCAGCUCAAGCUCUACAAUGUGUUCACAGGCCAGGAGGAAGCCAGCUACAGCUGUCACAGUUCAGCCAUCACUCACCUGGAGCCCUCACGGGACGGUUCUCUGCUCCUAACGUCAGCUUCUUGGAGUUACCCCCUGUCUGCACUGUGGGGCAUGAAAUCAGUGUUCAUCAUGAAGCAUUCUUUUCUGGGCGACCAUUACGUGGAGUUCAGCAAGCUUUCACAGGAUCGUGUCAUUGGUACCAAGGAGCACAUGGCACGAAUUUAUGACAUCCAGACGGGUCAGGUGACUCUGACCUUAAACAACCCGGACCUGGCAAACAACUACAAGAGGAACUGCGCCACCUUCAACCCGACAGACGACCUGGUGCUGAACGACGGCGUCCUGUGGGACGUGCGCACGGCGCAGGCCAUACACAAGUUUGAUAAGUUCAACAUGAACAUCAGCGGCGUGUUUCAUCCCAACAGCCUGGAGGUCAUCAUAAACACGGAAAUCUGGGACCUGAGGACGUUCCACCUCCUCCACACGGUUCCCGCUCUGGACCAAUGCAGAAUAGUCUUCAACAACAACGGCACUGUCAUCUAUGGAGCAAUGCUGCAGGCGGACGAUGAAGACGACAUGAUGGAAAUGCAGAUGAAAAGUCCUUUUGGUUCAUCGUUCAGGACGUUCAACGCCACCGACUACAAACCAAUCGCCACAAUUGAUGUCAAGAGGAAUAUAUUUGACCUUUGCACAGACACAAAAGACUGCUACCUGGCUGUGAUUGAGAACCAAGACUCAGUCAACACUGACACAGUGUGCCGGCUGUAUGAAGUCGGUCGACAGAGACUUGCGGAGGAAGAGGAGGAGGACGAAGAGGAUCAGGAGGAUGACGAUCAGGAGGAAGACGACGACGACGACGACGAUUCAGACGACGACGUUGACACAGAUCCCCUCAUCGCCGAGCUGGAGAACGAGAACGGCGGGGAGGACGAGGACGACGAGGAGGACGACGGGAACGAUGAAUUCUCCCCCUCCGACGACGAGGAGGUAGCGCGUCUGCUCGGGGAGGAUCCUGAAGCCGGGGACGAUGACGACGACGAGGACGAGGACGAGGACGACAAUGAUGACGACGACUCGGAUAACGAUGAUGCUGAUCUGGAUGGUGACAACGACAGCUCGGACAACUCUGACCUUGAGGAUGACAUCAUCUUAUCCCUGAACGAGUGAGGAGGAGCCUUCGGCCUUCGGCGUCGAGGGCUGAGGAUCCGGACAAGGCGUCGAGCCUCCUGCCUCGUAGACAUUUGAGCUGCAGAAGAGCAGGCACGAAAAAGAGGAUAUUAUCAGCAGAUAAUGUGGGAGAAAACCUGGAGCACUGCCAGUUUGAAACAGUAGGUGUCGGCACACUUUGAGUGACAAGACCGAGGAGGAGCAAGCUCACAGAUAGAGGGGUGAAAAAAACAAAAAGAAAAGCAACAAUGCACACAAAUUGACUUGCUGUUGGGCAAAAAUGAUUGUAUAUUAUAUAGUUUUAUACAACAGAAGUGAGCUUGAUGAUGAGUGAAACGGCCAGUGUGUCGAUGCAGUGAAAGAGAAGUUUGAUAUUUUCUCACAUUAAUGGCUGCGUAAAUGAGCCUCUUCAUUUGAUAUUGAUCCCCUCACUUUGUAAGCCUCUGUUUGGUCCCAGAUUAGUCUUUGUACGAGGAGCGGCCUUGCAACGCACGGUCCGCGUGUGCAUGCGUGUGUGUCGCUGAGGAUACAAUGCUCUCUCAAGCUUGUACUUUGCCACACCGCCCGGAGUAAUCACCAAAAAGUACUGAAGUAUUGAAUUAGGCAGCUAACGCGAUGCACAAACACGUUGCCGACGGUUCGCCAAGCGUUAAAACCCGACUCCAGGUUUUUCGCUUUCACCAUAAAUUGAUGACCAAAACGCCAGACACAGCAGUGCCACUCGCGAACGCCGCCUCCUGAUUUCAUUAUGUAAAUAGGGAAAUUAAAUAAGCUUGGUGCUCUAACUAGCGUGGACACUGUAAGGAAACCAAUCACUCAUCCGCUCACCGUCAACACGACAUGCAAGGUUAACUCUCGGACUCUGCGCCAUUGCGUCGAGUUGCGCCACUUUACGGGGUCACGCGAGGAUCCGGGUUGAGGGGAGGAUCCUCGGAGACGUGGUUCAGCACAGCUCCAGUCACACAAUAGACGUUUAACAUAAACACACGUUAGAAAACCGAGCAUUUAUCACUGUGACCUUGGUUCAUUGGAGGAUUGAUGUGCUUCCACUGUACAAAUUCAUCCCAGAUUGAUUUUGUUAAUUCUUUACAUUUUAAAUUAUCAAAUGAAAGAGAAGCAGAGUAUUUCAGAUGAGUGUUCCUCUUAUUGACUGACCAGAAACUUUGCAUUGACGUCAGACUGAUGCCUAGCACGCGCACGGUGCAAAUCGUUUCAUGAUUUUUCUCAUGUUUUUUUUUUGGCCUGCAUCAAUCAGUUUUAUUCGUUUUCUUUUCCACAAGCAGAGUCUUGUGUUGAGUUUGUUGAGACCGUUUAUGUACAGCUUGUAUGUAUCUAAAGUAUUUUUACUAUAAAUAAAGCCGCAAAAAUUA